UUAUGUUGAUGAAUUUACGUGUCUCGAAUAUGCUUUUAUAAUUUCUCGGUCUAAUGUUAUCACACAAGACAUUGCUACACAAACAACUAAAUUUAAAGUUCUCGAGAUAAACUUAUUUGGAUCUACAACGCUUAAA